GAAUUGAUCUGAAGCUUUUUUGCUCUCAUUCCUUGGAAUACUUUGCACUCAAAUUAGCCUUACACAGCACUGGAAACUCAUGGAUUAGUUGUGUACUGAUGGACAAUGAUCUCUGUUGGUUGUGGUCUUGGAGGUUUUGAGGAUCAAAAGACACCAAAAAAGCCUGUAAAUUUGUGGUCUAGAGGCAGGCAAACUACUAAUGUUUGUCAUCGGUUGCUUGUGUAAUAAUAAAGCACGUUCGUCCAAUCAAAACGCGUGGCUUGUAAGAAGAAAUGAUGUUGUGUGACGUGACUCAGCAUAUUCCAGGGAUAUAUUGCAAGUGAAAACRACCUUCUGCUCUUAGUUUCAAGUCAUGGCAUCUAAACCUGUAGUCAUGGUAAUUGGUGCGUCAGGCAAUGUUGGCAUAGCAACCCUGAAUGCUUUGGUAUCUUCGUAUGGUAAUAGAUUUGAUAUCAGAGCUGGUGUCCGUAACCCACAGAACGAUGAAAAGUUCCAAGAUUUAAAAGGAGCCAUCAAUGUCGUACAAGCAACAAUGGGAGACGACAAAAGCCUUUCGAAGUGCUUUCGUGGCGUGGAUCGACUUUUUAUCGUGACUCCCGGGGCUGAAAACCGUGCUGAGCUCACCAUUCAAACAGCCAAGUUCGCGGAAGUAGCAGGCGUAAAAAAGAUUGUAGUUGUGAGUGUAAGUGUAGCUGGCUCAAAGUCCAGUUUGUUUGGACGUCAGUUCCAUGAGAUUGAAGCAUCAAUCAAGASUCUUAAGGUGUCCUGGACGUUACUACGUCUGCCGAUAUUCAUGGAGAAUUAYUUCCUUCACGUGAACAGCAUCGUUAACCAAUCAACAAUUAGUAUGCCUGUUGCUCCUGAUAAACCAUAUACUCCAGUAGCAAUCAGAGAUGCAGGUAUAGCAGCUGCAGCAAUUCUUGCUGAUCCAGCAAAGCAUGCUGGGAAGACCUACUGUAUCAUAAGUAACCGGCAUACAUUUGGGGAAGUUUGUCAGGARUUCUCAAGACAAUUGAAAAAAGACGUGCACUUUGAGCGRCAGACAUAYGAAGACUCCAAAAAGUCUAUGAUGCWGGCUGGACUUCCWGAGUGGCAGGCUGGCGGGGUGGUUGAGCUGUAUCA